AGGAAUAUGAAAGCUAUCGAAACGUCAACAAGAGUCGAUGGUGUUGGCAGAAACACUCACAUAGAGUUCUACGAGAACAGCAUGGAGGGUGAGCGAGAACCACAUUGCCGCUCCAAACCCACUUCGAAAAGCCGACCCAACGCCGAGAGGUCCAUUGUUCAUGUCGGCAGGCACGAUCACCUGAUGCGAAGCGGAAGGGUCGACGAUGCAUUCUGGGUAGGCGGGGAAUGUGCCGUUGAAGCCCUCGUUUUGGAGUGUGACUUGGCUUGGGUGAGGAUCAGCCCUGAAAUGACCAAAAAGACUCGAGCGGUAACAAUCGACGUCAAGUAUGCCAUCCAUCCUACAAGCCCCUACCCCAUAACACCCGAGACCGACACGCAGAUGAAGAGGGUAGCGAGUCCAAGAUUACCCGCUGCUUCACCUCCGAACGCAUUGGGAGUUAUCAAGAUGGCGGUGAUGGCGCCGGGGAUGAACAAGAGGAGGACGAUACGGCCGUUGAGACGAUGUAAUGAUGGAAUGCUCUAUAGACUUGAUGAGCUUGGGAAUUGA